AUGACGGUAUUCGACACCCGCCCGCCAAGAAAGGCCAUCCUGUUGGCUCUGUCCCUCCUGACCCUCGUCACUCUACUGUCGUCGGCGACAAGCCCGGUCGCCUGGGCAGCAUCAUCGCCUCGGACCGGCCCGACGACGGCGGACGUGCUAUCCUCGCGGUCGGCGUCGGGCGAGGCGCUGGAUGCCUCGUCGUACAUCAAGAGGCACCCGACGCUGCCCGUGCUGGGCUACGUGACGCCGUGGAACGCGGCGGGCAAGGCGCUGGUGGAAGAGUUCCGAAACAAGUUUGACCUCGUCGCGCCCGUGUGGUACACGGUGCACGCCGACGAGAAGCGGACGCGGCGGCAGGGCCGAUACGAGGUCAGGGGAGGGCCUGCGUCCAAGGCGGAUAAGAGGUGGGUCGAGAGGCUGCAGAGGCCGCCCGACGCCUACCACUCGCCCCUCAAGGUCGUGCCGCGCUUCCUCCUCGAAGGGUGGCAGCAGCGCGACUAUGUCGAGCUCCUCUCGAACCGCACCCUCUGGUCCUCUCUCGCCUCGUCCCUCGUCGACGAGGUGCAAAGCCGAGGCUACGACGGCCUCGUCUUCGAAUCCUCGGCCACUUACCUGCUCCAGGAACCCCUCUCGCUGCUCGCCACGUCGCUCCACGACGCCGGCAAGCUCCUCGUCCUCGUCCUCCCGCCCAUCCGCACCCGCACCUCGCUGGGCGUCCGUCCCUCGUCGACGUUUGAGUCGCAAAACACCAUGAUCCUCCAGUCGCUCCCCGCCCUCUCCAAGGUCGCAGACUACUUCAGCAUCAUGACCUACGACAUGACCGGCGCCGGCGGACGCGAGGCAAAGGUGGCCGCAUCCGACUUGCCCGCCGACAGCCCGCUGCGCCAGGUCAAGAGGGGCACCCUGAGGCAGCCCGGUCCCAACACGCAUCCGGAGUGGAUCCGAGAGAACCUCGUCGCCGCCAUUGAGUCGAGCGGCUCCGCCGGUGGCGACAACGACCAGGGCGCUCAGGCGCCAUUUGGCAUCGACGAGGCAGCCAUGGAUCCGACCAACCCGUUCCCCAGCGCCAUCGUCAGCGAGACGACGCUUUCGUCGGUCCUGGGCCCAAAGUGGCUCAUGGGCCUGCCCAUGUACGGCUACACCUACCCGCUCUUCUUUCUCGAUCUCGAGACGGGCAGGGGGAUACCGCUCGAUCCCUCCUCCGCCUCGGCGCUCCACUCGCCAACGACGCUGCCCAUCCUGCGCGGACCAGGCCGACCUCUGACGUCGGCCGACAUCGUCCGGCUCUUGAAGACCCACCGGCCCUCCAGUCUCGAGCUCGACGACGAGUCCGGAGAAAGCUUCUUCGACUACCUCGAACCCUCGUCGGCCGCCGGCAGCGGCAGCGACGGUGGCGGUGGCGGUGGCGGCGGCGGUGGUGGAGAGGACAAGGUCUUCUGGCGAGCCUACAUCCCCACCGGCCUCAGCAUGGACACGAGAAUCGAGGCCGUGCUCGACGUACAGGCCGGCUUCGACGUCGAGGCGCAGACGGCAGGCCGUGAUACGCACGGCGGACGUGCUGGCGGCCAGGGACUGGCGCUGUGGGAGGUCGGUCAGGCAGACAGAGACCUGCUCGCUUCGCUCUAG